CACAGCAUGCUCUCUGAAUCCCCGGACAGCUCCUCCAGAUCCUCCAGCUCCUCCAGCAGCACCGCGGAGCAUCAGUGACAGUGAGUCCGGCAGGGAGUGACAUGGAGCCGGCUGAGACUCACGGAGCCUCCCGGGAGGACGGAUCCGUCACCAACAUCAGGACCGGUUCUACCGGUUCUAAAUGUUCCUUUAUCAGCACGGAACUGUGCGCGUGCAUGUGAGCAUGUACUGUGCGUUUGGUUUGAUUUAGACUUUCUUUUUUGUAUUAUUCUGACCGAUGGAUGAUUGGAUGUUUGGGUCUCGAGGUGAGAGGAGGAGGAGAGCCAGAUGAUGCUGAUCAGACUCCCAGUUUAUCCUCUCUUGUGUUGGCUCUCAGCUGGAACAUGCUGUGCCGUGCCGUGCUGUGCUGUGCUGCACCGAGCUGAUCAGAUGAUCUUCUCUGUUCCCAGCAACUCCGGGUGCCAAUCUUCUCCCUUAGUGGGAAUCCCCUGUAAGGCCUCUUCUUCCUGCCACCCAGCAGCAGCCAUGGACCCCCUCCCAGAGUACUCCAUGUUCCUGGUCCGGAUCCUGGACGAGCUGGACACCAAGCACAACACCAUGUCCUACCAGGACCUGUGCAAGUCCCUGUGCGCUCGCUUCGACCUGGUGCAGCUGGCCAAGCUCCGCAGCCUGCUCUUCUACACGGCCUGCAUGGACCCCACCUUCCCAGCCACCCUCUUCAAGGACAAGAUGCGCUGCUCCAUGGACGACCCGCAGUCCAAGAAGCUCAUGGUGGCGGCCGACAUCAUCACCAUGUUCAACCUGAUCCAGAUGAACGGGGGCUUAGCCAAAGACAAGCUCCCCGCGGUGCACAGAGCCUCUGACAAUGAUGCCUUGAAGUUUCAGGACUGUGACAGGGGGGUUGGUUACGAGCACGCGGAUCACCCCAGGGAUGGACACCAUCACCACCACCACCACCUUCAUCACCGCCCCCAGCAGCACCCUGUGGCUCAGAGUGGCACUUCCUGUCCUAAAUCAUCUGAGGGCAACAACCGCCAGCAGUUCAUCCCCACGUCAGACCCUAACUUCCUUCUGGGCGUCAGCAAGGACCUGAAAUGUCGAGCAGCCUCUCUGGACAAGCUGCACCAUCUGCCCCAGUACUCCAGCAGCAGCAGAACACACUCCCCACCCUGCGAAAUGCAGAGCACCUACUUUCACAUGGAUAUGGACAGCGAGUCCACCACCGACCAGGAGUCCCUGCAGCACAUCAGCCACCCAGAGCCCUUCUCUGUUCACUCCUGCAUCCAGAAGAGGAACGUCUUUAAGGAGGACUUCCACAACUUUGGGGCCUUCUCACCACAGGUGAUGCCCUCUGAGGUCAAACAGGGCAGUAAGGCUGCUGACGGCUACCGCAGGAGGGAGCUGCACAAGCCUGCUACCUUCUUCAACCACAGCUUCGAACUCCCCUACAGUAACCCCUACUUUGAGCCGACACUCAACUCGCCUCUUCGGGACAGACGGAGGGCGAGGCACGAGAGCCUGGACGACUUACAGGCGUCCACGUACUUCGGUCCGACCACGGUCUCCGAGUGCGUCAGCAGCAGGAAGCAGAGUAACAAAGCGGGGAAGAAGCAGCCGCCGUGGCCGGUGAAGAGCUUCAGUCUCAACACGGACGAGGGGCCUCCAGACUUCGAGAGGUCAUUUCUGAACAGCAAACCACUCAAAGAAACGCACCAUCGCAAUGUCACCAUCAUGAGCACUGACAACAAGCAACAUUUCCAGAGCCCAAAGGGAAAGGUAGUAGCUUCUCCAUCUGGCUUUGCAAAGAAAACUAACGGAAUAAAAAACAAGGAUUUAGCGCUGAUGGCAAACGGGCCUGCUGGUUUGGACAAAAGAGAAGCAGCCAAAAGGUUUAGGGACAAAAAUAUGAAGAGUUCAUCCUUUCAGGGAGGGGACAGCUCCUCUAGUGUCGGGACUCAAACAGAGCAGGCCGAGCAGAAGAAGGUGAAGGACUACCAGGCUAAGUACAGUGACAGAGAAAGGCGUGCCUUCAAACACUGUGAUGAGGACUCUGAGAUGGUUAGUGAUGACAUAAGUGACAUUUUUCGUUUCCUGGAUGACAUGAGUGUCUGUGACUCUCUGGGCGUUGUCCAGUCGUCAUGUUACAACAGUAACGGGUCUCUCUCUCAGGUAACGCUGAAGUCUGAAUGCGACAGCUCUCCUGAUCGCAACACGGUCAAACUAGCCAAGUCCAAGCUGGACAACCUCUUUAAUUCGCUGGAAAACACGGACGACGAGCUCAAAUCGAGCGUGUGCAAGCUGGUCAUGAGGAUCGGCGAGAUCGAGAAGAAGCUGGAGUCUCUGUCGGGGGUUCGCAGCGAGAUCUCCCAGGUGCUCUCCAAACUCAACAAGCUGGACGAGAAGAUUCAGGAGCCCGAAGCCAACGGGAGACACGGGGAGAUGGCGUCUGCUUCUUCCGUGUCCGGCGCCACCCCCGACAAGCCGUACCCCCACCCUCAUCCGCAUCCCGACACCGCCCUCUCGCCUCGUGUUUUCCAGUGCCACACCACUGGUCACAACGUCAAAGUGGACAACGGCUCUUCGGCGGAGUGGUGCUGCUCCGAUGGGAGUAACAGCGAUAGCCUCAGGGUGAAGGCUCUGAAGAAGAGCAUGUUCACCAGGAGGUCGUCACGCUCGCUCAACGAGGAGAGCGGCGCCACCGAGUCGAAGGUCGCCAGCGUCACCAACUCCCCGCGGGACUGGAGGACAGUCUCCUACUCCUGCCACCCUGGAGACGAGGACGAGGACAAGGACAGAGACAGCAUGGACAAACACUGGAAGGCCAAAGAGUUUUUCCUGCAGUCUGUGGAUAUGGGGGAUCCAUCAGGACAGAUGAUGCCUUCUGCCAAAGCACAGGCAGAGCGAGAGCGUCAAUACGAAUUCCCCAAGGCCCACAGGCCCCCUAAACUGCCAAAGGAGUCCUACCUGACCGAACAGGUUUACUCACCGCACCCCUUCACCCCCUCCAUUAAGGCCCAUGUGAAAGGAAGUCCCCUGUACACCGACCUGAGGCUCACCACCCUGUCAGACGGCAAGCACGGCCACCCGUCCUGGACCAUCGAGGAGUACAAACGCAACUCAGGAGAGAAGGGAAAGCAGCUAACAGCUCUGGACCUGCAGACAAAGGACUCCCAAAACCCCAACAAUGUGGAGUACUGGAUGGAGGACAUCUACACUCCAGGCUAUGACUCACUGCUCAAAAGGAAAGAGGCGGAGUUCAGGAGGUCUAAGGUGUGUAAGAUCGGAGCGCUGAUUGCAGCAGCUACCUGCACUGUGAUCCUGGUCAUCGUUGUUCCAAUUUGCACCAUGAAGACAUGAGAGUAACCGGAUGGAGUGGCCCGGCCUACAAAAUGAACGUGUUGGGAUUUGACGAUAUCAGUUGGAGUUUUUGUUUUUUUAAUGCAGUAUUUAUUUCUGGUGGUCCUUUUUGCCAAUAUAAAAUUGAUUAGGACAGAUAUUAUACAAUAGAAAUGAUUUCAGAAAGUGCAUUAUAUAUAUAUAUAUAUAUGUAUAUAUAUAUAUAAAUAUAAUGGCAUGCCGUUUAGGAAAUUAUUAUAUAUAUAAGGUGAAACCUGCGAUUAUUGAAUGAAACCUAAGAAUAUGGAAUGAAAUGUGAGAAUAUUGAAUGAAAUGUGACGUCAUCAAGGCGCUGCUGCCAUCUUGUGUUUUAGGUCAUUAUCCGUACAGAUGUUGGUGCUGCUAGAUGAGUGUGACACUAUGAGCAAGUCAGCAUGAAAUCUAUUAUCAUCAAUCCUAAAUAACGAGGAGAUAAUUAACACCCUGGUGAAUGCGUGCACCACGGGCCAAAAUAAUACUGGUAAACAUAUUCAAUACUGUUCUA